AUGGGUUCGAUGAGCACUCCCUCGACAGGAAAGCAUAAAAGACUCGAGUCUAUGUAUACCAUCACGGGACUCUACAGCGAGCAAUCCACGACCGAGGAUUCCGAAGUGGAUUCGGAGCCUCAGGUUGAUAAGCUCGGUUUGACCGCAGCAGCCGUUCAUCAUGUCAAAGGUCACAAGAGAGCGCUGUCAAGCGGAGUCGGCGAAAGGCCGACGAGCGCGUUCGAUUUUAAAAAUCACAAGAGAACUCUUAGUAAUGGAGUUCACGAAGUCAAAUCACAAAAUUACAAGCUAAACAAUACGGAUAGUAAUAAUGCGGGAACGAGAGGUCACAGUAGAGGGAUCUCAUUCAGCGAUUACAAUAUAAAAACGCAUCACAGGAAUUCGAGUUUCACGGAUUUUAUUCGCACUCAUUCCAGGACUCAAAGUUGUAACGAUUACGUCAUCAAGUGUCAUUCGAGGAACCCAUCGGGUUGCGGGGCAUUCAUCACGGUUGACAGAGGCGAAAAAAAUAUUGUUACCUACGAACCACCCAUAGAUGUCCAACAGUUAAAAGAUUGCGGGAUUCUUUCCUGUCGGCCGUCUUUCCUGCAAAAAUAUGCCAAUAUAAAGGUGUUUGUUAUGCUCUUGUCAUUUUUAGUUAAUUUACAACAAGCUCUUAGUUCAGGUUAUAUAAAUUCAGUAAUAACUACAAUUGAAAAACGCUUUGAAAUUCCUUCGUCACUUUCUGGUUUGAUAGCCAGUUCGUAUGAAAUAGGAAAUGUUAUCACUGUGAUAUUCGUCAGUUAUUUGGGAUCAACGCGGCAUAUUCCAGUGUGGAUAGCUAUCGGGGCUGUGAUUACGGGUGUGGGCUCAAUGAUUUUUAUGGUACCUCAUUUUACCUCGGAUUCUUCCUCAAAUUUUCUAGUGCAUAACGUAACGCAAGAUAAUAUAUGCAGAGCCGUGUCUUUAAGGCAAAAGGACAUGGAUUUGGGAAGACUGACAAACGGUUUGUCAUCGCCGCCUUUAUCGACUCACGUUCACACGAAUUGCAUUCAGAGCACUCCGUCGACGUUCGGUCCCGUCAUGUUGUUCGUUCUCGCUCAGCUUUUGCUGGGGUGCGGCGGAUCUCCACUGUUCACCCUCGGAACGACUUACAUAGACGAUCACGUUCGAAGUGAAUCCGCGAGUUUGUACAUCGGUUGCAUGUAUUCAAUGGCUGCAUUCGGUCCCGUUUGCGGUUUUCUUCUCGGUGCCUAUUUGUUAAGUUUUCACAUGGACUCGUUAUCGAGUAUUCCCAUUUUAAUCGCUCCAGACGACACGAGAUGGGUCGGAAUGUGGUGGGGAGGAUUUUUAAUAUGCGGCGUUUUACUAAUAGCCGUAUCCAUACCAUUUUUCGCUUAUCCGAAAACAUUGCUCAGAGAAAAGGAAAAGAUAAGGUUGAUGGAAAAAUCAAAACCCGAUGCGGAAUUGAAAGCGAAAGCGAAAAAGACGACGGAAGAAGAUACGAAAACGUACGGGAAAGAUAUCAAAGACAUUCCGGUUUCGAUGUGGAGACUCGUGAGUAAUCCAGUGUACAUAAUAACUUGUUUAGGAGCCUGCAUGGAAUUAAUAAUAGUUUCGGGUUUCAUCGUGUUCUUACCGAAAUAUCUCGAAACUCAAUUUAGUUUGGGUAAAAGUCAAGCAAGCGUUUUCACGGGUUCCAUCGCGAUACCCGGAGCGUGCAUCGGUAUUUUCAUGGGCGGUUUCCUUCUCAAACGUCUCGAAUUGAAACCGAAGGGAGCAGUGCAAUUUGUUUUGAUCUCGAACACAAUAUGUCUCGCCUGUUACGGAUUGUUGUUUUUUUUGGGGUGCGACAACGUCAAAAUGGCCGGCACGACGAUUCCGUAUUUCAACAGCACAUCGACCAAAGUGGAACCUUUUCGCGUCAACUUGACGGCGUCGUGUAAUUUCGGUUGCGAUUGCGCAACUUCCGACGUGGAACCAGUUUGCGGUAAUAACGGUUUGACGUAUUUCAGUCCUUGCCACGCCGGAUGCACCGCAUUCUCUAGUCGUAAUAAUUAUUUCAAUUGUACAUGCAUUCACGGUAACCUGUCGAAAGAAGAUGAAUAUGCCGAAGUGACCGUCGUGCCCGUGGCGACGGCGGGCCCUUGUACAUCGCCUUGCAAAACAAUAUAUCCUUUUUUAAUAUUAUUAUUUUUCAUGACUUUUAUGGUGGCGACGACGCAGAUGCCACUUCUCAUGAUCGUUUUAAGGUCAGUUGACGAGGAGGAACGUUCGUUUGCACUCGGAAUGCAAUUCGUCAUAUUUAGACUUUUCGGUUACAUACCGGCACCGAUUUUAUUCGGAAAUCUAAUCGAUUCGACUUGUUUGUUUUGGAAGAGCACGUGCGGGGAAAGCGGGGGAAGAUGUCUCCUAUACGACAUUGAAUUGUUUCGUUACAAGUACGUCGGAUUGUGUGCCGGAAUAAAAAUUUUAGCAUUAUCGUUAUUCCUAUUGGAUUGGUGGCUCGUUCGUCGACAGUUGGACACUCCCAACACUCCUCCGUUGAAUAUAAAUGACGUCAUGGGUUCGAUCAUUAGCAUAGAUAAACUUUUUGAAGAAAAGCCAAACGAGGGUUCGAAAAAAAGCAAUCCGGUGUCUAGGAGCAGUUCGGAAAGGGUCAAACCUCAAAAUACAUUAAAUUACGGUGACGAACCGACGACGUCGAACAUCGAAGACGGUACUCAAAAUUACGGUUACGUUUGUCAUUCCAUAAAGGACAGCGACAUUGUCGAAGAAAGUUUGGAAAAUUUAAACAACUCGUCGAAAGAUGGAGAUUAUUUAUCCGAGGACGAUGGAUUCAGUCGUCACAUGAUGAUGAUGAUGAAUAGAAAAAUAUCGACGAUGACGGGAGAAAACGAUGAGAACAACAGGAAGAGAAAGAACAACAACAACAACAACAACAUGGAUGAUGAUGUAAAUAUAAUCAAAACGACCGGAAAUCAAAUCGAAUUGGCGGAUAUACAAACGUGA